AUGACUUUGGCUUGUAAUGAAAUCAUUGCAAUGAUUAGUGAAAAUAAUCUUAAAAUGAAAAGAAUUCUCAUAACAAUACAAGAAGCUAUUAAUUCUUCACUACCUAAUCAAACGGAACACUUCCUUUCGGAUAUUGUUUUAAGCCACUGUUCAUUUGAUAGUAGUCAGGAAAAAAGUUAUUGA